CUGGGUGUUGCUGCUCGGGAUUGAAGUGCUGCUGUGCAGCCAAAGAGCAGAGUCCGAGGCGCGACGUGGAAAGGCAGAUUGGCACUUAGCACUCCAACAGAUGGGAUCAAGCCACACCAUGAGAUGAGACCGCCAGCUUUCGGCACAGCGUGACGCUAAAAUGGAGCGUGUCUGCAAACUGUGAGAAAAAGUGUUCGUCAUGGACGGCGGGUUGAUCAUCACCUUUGUAUCUGUCGCAAUGUUUGUAGGUUGUUUUGUACUUGGAUUCAUCCCGCUGCUGUUCAGACUCUCCGAGAAAAGCCUGCAGUUUGUCUCCAUCCUGGGGGCAGGACUCCUUUGUGGGACAGCACUGUCCAUUGCCAUCCCAGAGGGAGUGGACUUACUGCAAGAGUCAUGGAGAGCAUCCUCCGCCUCCGAUGGCCCAUCCAGCCUGAAUGCCAGUGAAAAAAACGCAGCUUCCACAGACGCAGACCCUGCAGCGAGGUUCUUCAUCGGGGUGGCUUUAACUUUCGGCUUCACCCUCAUGUUUGUGGUGGAUCAGAUUGGAAGUUAUUUUUCUAUGCGUGAGCAGACGAACAGUGUCGGCUUCACGGCCACUUUAGGACUGGUUAUCCAUGCUGCAGCUGAUGGUUUUGCUCUGGGUGCGGCUGUGGCCACUGGGCAAGUGACAGUGCAAGUGGUAGUAUUUUUUGCUGUGAUUCUUCACAAGGCGCCUGCAGCCUUUGGUUUGGUCUCCUUCCUGAUGCAUGCAGGCCUUGAAAAGAAGUACAUUCAGGGACAUUUGCUGGCGUUUUCAGCAGCAGCACCGAUUGUUGCCAUCACAACUUACUUCAUAUUACAUGCAUCUGGCAGCUCACCUCAGAGCCAGCUCAGUGCGACGGGUGUGGGAAUGCUCUUCUCGGCUGGGACCUUUCUCUAUGUGGCCACAGUGCACGUUCUUCCAGAGAUCAGGAGCAGCAGGACGGGCCAACCCUACUCUGACAUCCAUGAGCACACCGGAGCCAAAGUCCACCAGCAGAAUCACCUCGGUCUCCUGGAGAGCCUCACCCUCAUCCUCGGGGUCGGGUUCCCGAUGGUGCUGGCUCUUGGGCUGCAUGACAACUGAGAGAGAAAUGUCAAUUUGGUGCAAAGAGCACGGUGCAGUAUCCACUCUAAACUACCUGGGUGGCAUAAUGAUGGAGCAAACCAGAUGUGCCGUGGACUAGUUUGUGUGUUAAGAGUCUGAUUGUUAGUAAAUUGUUGGGGUGGACUACGUUUCUUUUGCAAGACUGAUAAAGGGACGCCUUUUGUUGCCAAGUCUGAAUUCAGUAAGGUUUCGUGAGAGCCUUCCAUCAUGCCCGAUAAAGGUACUGAGGACAUUUGAGUAGCGAAAUUCCAGUAACUGGAUAGAUUUACAGGACAACCAAAUAAUUUGACACCGACUAUUACACAAACAAAAGGAGAUCUAUGUCAUUCACUUUUCAACAGAAUCUUUUUAAUUUGUUUGGAGCUUCAAACAGGUCCAGACUUGAUCCAUGUACAAUAGUACAGAUUACCGAGACACAGGGUUUUUUGUGCAGUAUAAUGUGCUCCACAGUACAGCUAACAAAGCCUCUUGGAUGUGAGGUGGAACAUUAGUAAUGACAUGUAGGAAGUCCAGCAGCUCCUGCUAAAUGAUGUCUGAGCUGAGACAGAAACAGGUGGCUGUGCAUAACCGUCAUGUCAUGUCAGAGUUAUGUAAUUUUGAUGACUCCUGGUUUUUCCUCUUUCACUUCCUUCUUUAGCAUCUGCAGUUUAUGUGAAAUAAUUAAUAAUAAAAAAAACACACACACUGCUCAUUUUCAUGAUAGCUUAUUCCACUGCUUUAUGUCUUACUAUUUUUAGUCCUCACACAUCACGUUUCUUGAUGUAAACUACCUAAUGCAAAUUCAUUUUGUAAUGGCCAGCAUGUCAAGUUGCACCUGCCUUUUAUCAGCUACCCCAGAGAGCUGGACAUAAGUGUGUUAAGUAGAACCACACUGGCAUUAAAUACAUACAUGAAAGCA